AUGGCUAUCAGCCAAGAAAGUGAUAAAAUAAACAGUACCAUACUAGCAGAAAAGGAUAUCAUUAGUUCAGUCAAUGAAGUCAUGAACAGCAUUGAGAAUGUUGCUUCUGCUGUAGAAAAUUUAGCCACAG